AUUUACUUAUUUGACAAAGGGAACCACUUUCUUGGAUUGUUGCCCACUAACCCUUAAGCCCCUUCUCUUUCCAUUCUCUCAUCAAAUGCUAGUGGUUCUCUCUCUUCUUCCUUUGGGUGGCCACUAGCUAGCUACUGCCAAUAGUCCCUUUCUUUUUUCUCCUCUCUAAUGCUAAUGCUAGUGGUCUCUUUCUCUCUUUCUCCCUUCCUCUCUUUCUUGUCCUUCAAUUUCUUUGACACUGUCAACAUGUUAGCAGCUAAACAAAGAUAAAGAAAAAAAGAAAAGAAAGGGAAAAUGUCUGUUUAGCAUGGAGAGAUAUGGAUAAAGAAACAAACCAAGAAAGCCCAUCUCUGCCUUCUAACUCCAACAAAGAAGAGCACCCGAGAAAACCACUGGGUAGCAGCGGUGGUGGAGCUGGUUUUAGCGGUGGUGGAGAUAGACUGAAAAGAGAUGAAUGGAGUGAAGGAGCAGUGUCAAGCUUACUUGAAGCUUAUGAAAGCAAAUGGAUACUUAGAAACCGAGCUAAACUUAAAGGUCAUGACUGGGAAGAUGUUGCUCGCUAUGUGUCAUCACGUGCAAAUUGUACCAAGUCACCAAAGACUCAAACUCAAUGCAAGAACAAGAUUGAGUCCAUGAAAAAGAGGUACAGAUCAGAAUCCGCCACCACAGACGCCUCUUCUUGGCCCCUAUAUCCACGUCUUGAUCUUUUGUUACGUGGAAAUGCUGCUGCUGCUGCUGCCACCGCGGCAGCGGCAGUGCAACCACUGAACCAGCCACAACAACCGACACCAUCGAACCAUCCUCCUUUGUUAUUGUUGGAGCCAUGCCAUGUUCAUGUGCCACAGCCACAACCGCAGCCUUCAGCUCCUCCUCCUCCUCCUCCUCCACCACCACCACCACCUCCCCCUCCUCCGCCUGCGGCUGCUCAUCCGGUUAUAAUCAUGACUGCGCAGAACUCAUACGGGUCCAAUGGUGUCGACAAGGGGGCCAAGGAAGAUGGUAAACUAUCAGACCAUGUCUCAGAUAAGAAUGCCAUGGACACAGAUAGUAGCACUCCAGCUUUGUACAGCGAUAAGGAGAAAUUGAGGGCAAAAAAGAUGAAGAUGAAAAUGGAUAAAAAGAAGAGAAGAAGAAGAGAAGAAUGGGAAAUAGCUGACAGCAUAAGGUGGCUAGCAGAGGUAGUGGUAAGAUCAGAACAAGCAAGAAUGGAGACAAUGAGAGAAGUAGAAAAAAUGAGAAUGGAAGCUGAGGCUAAAAGAGGUGAAAUGGAUCUUAAAAGAACUGAGAUCAUAGCCAAUACUCAAUUGGAGAUUGCCAAGCUCUUUGCAGGAGUUGGUGGUAAAGGUGUUGAUUCUUCGUUAAGAAUUGGAAGAAGCUAAGGAUUAAUCGAUUAGUGUUAUUAUUAAUCUGAUUAAUUAUUAUUAUGAUAAUUAUGUAUAGACUUGUUACAUAGAAGAGAACUUUAUUUUCGAAAAUGAUAAAAGGUGAGGGAGAUUUAUUUGACUUGUAGUAGGCUAAUCAGUGAAAAGAGUUAAUUAUGGUAGGUAAAAUAACACCCCCUACCUCAUUGUUAUGUUCUCUUUUAUUAAUCAAUGCAAAUGUCUUUCUGCA